UUCAGAAGUAGUUGUAGACAUAUUUGCUUAUACUACUAUUUAGGAAAAUUAAUAGUUAUUAUAACGAUUUCGACACACCAAAUAGAAUAAUACAAAAGUAUUUUUGUAAUUUAACGUUUUGCUAAAAUGGAUAGCCAAACUCGAAGUCAAAUGUGGAAACAUUGGGAAAAAAGUGGAAAAUCCGAUUUCUUAAAAUUCAUGAAAUCCACUGUUAAAAGUCAAAAUGCAGAUCUGUUUUUUAAGAGUGAAAAUAUUAUUUCAGGCAUUACAAGAGCUAUUUACGAAUUGGUUUGGCAGUGUCUUUUAGGGCGUUUAAAAAAGGAAGCGGUGCUUAACGCUUUAUCAGAAAUAUCACACUAUCACUGGGAUAUACCAACAAUAAUUUUAGAUGUAAUUAAUAUCGUUGAUGCAGAAACCUCAAUUGUUGGAACUGAUGGAUAUCAAGAUGAACGUGCUAUAUUUUGCGAAAUUACAAAGGAUAUUGACAGUUUUAUGUCUGAAAAACUACUAAAAGAACGAUUGGAAAUUGACACAUUGCAAGAUUCUGGUACAGUCAAACCGAAAGUGUUUUACACAAAAUUCAUUAAGAUAAAAACAAAAUUAUAUUACAAGCAACGUAGAUUUAAUUUAUUUAGAGAAGAAAGUGAAGGCUAUGCCAAACUGAUAACUGAGUUAAAUCAAGAAUUUGACGAAAAAACUUUUGGAUCUUCUAAUGCUAUGGAUAUGAUAAAAUCUUUGAUUGGUUGCUUUAAUCUUGACCCUAAUCGCGUACUGGAUAUUAUAUUAGAGUCUUUCGAAACGAAACCUGAAAACCAUACAUUUUUUAUUCCACUGUUACAGUCCUACAUGCCAAGUGGUUCAAUAAUUUGUGAAGUUCUAGGAUAUAAGCUGAGAAAUUUUUCAAAUUCGGUUAACUCAACUCCAAGAUCGUUAUUUGAUAUUACUGCAUUACUUCUUAAAUACUUGGUUAUUAAAUUGGAUGAUAUUUACAUAUGGCUUAGCCCGACUGACGCUGAAAUAACUGCGGAUUGGGAAAAAGAAAUGCUAGAAGCUAAAGAAUAUGUUCGAAAAUUAAACAUUAUUUCAACUAAUAAAGACAAGGAACCUGUAGAAAUUGAACCGGAGCCAACAGAUAAGGAAGAUAAAUAUAUAAAAAAUCAAAAAUUUGGAUUAUUUGAAUCACUUUUGAAAGUAGGAAAUUGGAAGGAUGCGGAAAAAUUGAUUAAUAAAUUACCAGAACAAUGUGUUGUUGUUCAUGAACCAAUUGCAAAGGCAUUAUGUGAGUUAAUUCACAGAUCAAUCAACAGUAUAUAUUCAAAAAAAUGUUCUGAAUUAUUUGCACCUGUUCAAUCUGUAAGCAAAAAGGAAAAAAGUUUGUUAGACAUCUAUUUUGACUUUUCUAUGGAAGCUAAAACAUUUAACGAGCUAAGCAGCUAUGUAUUUCCAAUGGUUAAUACAUUAGGACCAUCAUUGCAUUAUGAUCCUGUACUAAUAUACAAACUAAUAAGAUUAACGAGGACAAUAUUAUCUGAAAUGAAUGUGGAUCACUUAAAUUUACCUGUUGCAAAUACUGAUGAAGAGAAAAUGUAUUAUGAUGUCUUAAAUCUUAUUGAUUCAUCAAUUUUACCAGCUUUAUCUUAUUUAGACUGCAAUUGUUGUAUUGCUGAAGAAGUAUGGACGGUUAUAAAGUAUUUUCCAUACAAUUUAAGAUAUGCACUUUACUCGAAAUGGAAAAAUGAAUCUUAUUUAACACAACCUGAACUUAUAAUACGACAGGGAAAUACUAAGAAAAAUAUAAAAGCGCUGAUGAAACGAGUUAGUAAAGAAAAUGUAAAACCGGUGGGGCGCUUAAUUGGGAAACUAAGCCAUUGCUCUCCUGGAUUUUUGUUUGAUUAUAUUUUAUUACAAAUACAGAUUUAUGAUAAUUUAAUUGGACCAGUAGUUGAUUCACUAAAAUAUUUAACAUCUCUUUCGUAUGAUGUGUUAGGUUAUUGUUUAAUUGAAUCACUAGCUUUAGCUGAUAGGGAUCGCUUUAAAGACGAUGGUACAUCACUAUCAAUGUGGUUACAGAGCUUAGCUAGUUUUUGUGGAUCAAUUUACAAAAAAUAUAAUAUAGAAUUAAGCGGUUUAUUACAGUAUGUUGCAAAUCAAUUAAAAUCCCAACGUAGCUUAGAUUUAUUAAUACUUAAAGAAGUUGUACAGAAGAUGACAGGGAUUGAAGCUACAGAAGAAAUGACAAAUGAACAAUUGAACGCAAUGAGCGGUGGUGAAUUAUUACGAGGUGAAGCGGGAUAUUUUAGUCAAGUCCGAAACACAAAGAAAUCUUCACAAAGAUUGAAAGAAGCGUUAGCUAAUAAUGAUUUGGCAGUAACCUUAUGUUUGUUAAUGGCUCAACAAAAACACUGUGUUAUAUAUCGUGAGACAGCUAGAAAUCAUUUAAAAUUGGUUGGAAAACUUUAUGAUCAAUGCCAAGAUACGUUAGUUCAAUUUGGUACAUUCCUAGGGUCAACUUAUUCUGUAGACGAGUAUGUCGAACGUCUACCCUCAAUCAUAAAAAUGUUGCAAGAAUAUCAUAUACACUCCGAUGUUGCAUUUUUUUUAGCGAGACCAAUGUUUACCCACCAAAUUAAUCAAAAGUAUGAUCAAUUACGAAAGUCUGACCCUAAUUCAAAGAAGUUAACAACAUCUCAAAAAAUGUCCAAAUAUUUGGAAGCCACGUCUGCCAUAAUGGAUCCUAUUGUAGAGUCAGUAAGGCCAUUACACGGCCCUAAAGUUUGGGAAGACAUAAGUCCGCAAUUCUUGGUUACUUUUUGGUCUUUGAGUAUGUAUGAUCUUCAAAUACCGCAUGACAGCUAUCAAAAAGAAAUAACCAAAAUAAAACAACUUUCUGUACAAGCCUUAGACGCAAAUUUUUCUAAAGGCAAAAAGGAGCAAGAACGUUAUAUAGCUUUGAUGGAGAAACUUCAAGAUGAAAAACGAAAGCAACAAGAACAUGUUGACAAAAUACAUCAAAGGCUUGCUCAAGAAAAAGACAACUGGUUUUUAUCCCGCUCAGCUAAAGCUGCAAAAAAUGAAACCAUAACUCAAUUUCUUCAGUUAUGCUUGUUUCCACGUUGUACAUUUACCGCUCUUGAUGCAAUUUAUUGCGCAAAAUUUGUUCAUACAAUUCAUACUUUGAAAGCCGCUAACUUUUCGACUCUUUUAUGUUAUGACAGAAUAUUUUGUGAUAUAACGUAUUCUGUAACAUCAUGUACUGAAAAUGAAGCAACCAGAUAUGGUAGAUUUUUAUGUGCAAUGCUAGAAACUGUUAUGAAAUGGCAUUCGGAUCAAAAUGUUUUCAACAAGGAGUGUGCAAGUUUUCCCGGAUUCGUAACGAAGUUCCGUGUAAGCAACCAAUUUUCUGAAGCAAAUGAUCAAGUGGGUUAUGAGAAUUACAGACAUGUUUGCCAUAAAUGGCAUUAUAAAAUUACUAAAGCUAUUGUUGUAUGUUUAGAUUCUAAAGAUUAUAUGCAAAUUCGUAAUGCUUUAAUAAUUUUAAUGAGAAUUCUACCUCAUUUUCCAGUUUUGACUAAGCUUUCUCAAAUAAUAGAAAGAAAAGUAGAAAAAGUUAGAGAGGAAGAAAAAAAUCAAAGGCCCGACUUAUUCGUUUUAGCAUCAAGUUAUAUUGGUCAACUUAAAACGAGGGCUGCCAAUAUGAUCAAAGAAAGCGACUUCCACCAGGUAUCCGAAAAACCCCAAAGAGAUACGAUAGUGGUACAAGAUAUAAAGCCAGUCGCUCCAACAAGCUCCUUAAACGGUGAAAUAAAAUUAGAUAAACGUGAAAAAGAUAAAGGUGACAAAAAAAUAAUCAAAAACUCUAUAAAUAAUGACAAAGAUAUAAAAUUGAUAAACUUGACUGAAAUCCUCGAUAAAGAUAUAAAAAAAGAAGUUAAAGACACAAAAAAAGAAAAAGAAGAAAAAAUUAAAGAAACAAAAAUUAAGGACGAUAAAGAUGAUGAUAUAAGGCGAAAAGAAAAGGAAAGAAGGAAGGAAUAUCGCUUAAAUGAUUCACCAAUUUUUGUUGAUGCGCCCCAUACAAAUGACUAUUAUUUUAUUGACAAAGAACAUGAUCUUCGUGUUGAACGAGAGCGUGAAAGGGAAAAAGAAAAGGACAGAGAAAGAGAAAGGGAUCGAGACUUAAGUUCAGUAUCAAAUUCUAGUAAUGGGUCUCUUCAAAGAAGAAGUCAAGAGCAUCAAGAUUUUGAAAAAGAAACAAAAAGACGUAAGGUUGAAAGUCAAGCUGGAAGUAGUAGCAAUACUUCAAGUUUAAAGAAAAUUCAACAACAACAGCAACUGCAACAACAACCACAGCACCAUCAGAAUGAUCCUGAAAUUUAUGAAAUAAAAAAAGAAAGAAGUUCCAAAACAAAAGAUCGCAAAGAAAAAAGCAUGGAUGAUGAGAAGGAAUUAUUACGCAAAGAGAGAAAGCUUGGAAGAAAACGAGAAAGAUUAGAAGAAAAUUCUUCAAAUGAGCAUAAAAGAAGGCGUGGUACUGAAGCGAAUCCAAAUGGUGCUGAUGAUGAGUCCAGUAGAGGAGAUAAGUAUCAUUCAAGAGAGAAAUCACCGCAUGGUAGUAGAGAAGCAAAAGAUAGAUCCUCACAUGAUAAGUUUGAACGAGAAAAAUCAUAUACUUUGACCAAAUCUACAAGGUCAAGGGUAGCAUAUUAAAUAAAAUUUUACAAAUUUCUUAAAAUGAAACAAAUAAGAUUGGUUUAUAUAAAAUAGUUAUUUUAAGUUUUUUUAUUUGCAAUGUUGUACGGCCCUUUUAAUCACUGUUCACU